GCGGCAGAGGAGAGCUGCUAAGGAGAGCCGCAUGGAGGACCCCACGGCACCCGGGGCCGGGAAUCCGCCUGCCAAUGGCUAUGGCAACGGCAACGGCGGCGGCAAAGGGAAGCCGGCGGCGCCUAAAGGCCGGGAAACGUUCAGAAGCCAGCGGCGGGAGUCGGAGGGCUCUGUGGACUGCCCUACCCUGGAAUUUGAGUAUGGAGACACAGAUGGGCACGCAGCAGAGUUGUCAGAAUUGUAUAGCUACACUGAAAACCCGGAAUUCACCACUAACAGGAGGUGCUUUGAAGAAGAUUUCAAGACCCAAGUGCAGGGUAAGGAGUGGCUGGAGUUGGAGGAAGAUGCCCAGAAGGCCUAUGUGAUGGGACUCCUGGACCGGCUGGAGGUGGUCAGUAGGGAACGGCGACUGAAGGUGGCCCGAGCUGUUCUCUACCUGGCCCAAGGCACUUUUGGGGAAUGUGAUUCAGAAGUCGAUGUACUCCACUGGUCCAGGUACAACUGCUUCCUGCUCUAUCAGAUGGGGACCUUCUCGGCCUUCCUGGAGCUACUUCACAUGGAAAUCGACAACAGCCAGGCCUGUAGCAGUGCUCUUCGGAAACCAGCCAUCUCCAUUGCUGAUAGCACAGAGCUCCGGGUGCUGCUGAGUGUCAUGUACCUAAUGGUGGAAAAUAUCCGCCUGGAGCGAGAGACAGACUCCUAUGGGUGGAGGACAGCCCGGAAGACCUUCCGCACUGAACUGAGCUUCUCCAUGCAUAAUGAGGAGCCUUUUGCCCUUCUGCUUUUCUCUAUGGUCACCAAGUUCUGCAGCGGCCUGGCUCCCCACUUCCCCAUAAAGAAGGUCCUGCUUCUGCUCUGGAAAGUAGUCAUGUUUACCCUCGGUGGAUUUGAGCAGCUGCAGGCUCUCAAAGUACAGAAGCGGGAAGAAUUGGGCCUGCCUCCACUGGCUGAGGACAGUAUCCAGGUGGUGAAGAGCAUGCGUGCUGCCUCCCCGCCCUCUUACACUCUCGACCUUGGGGAGUCUCAGCUGGCACCACCACCCUCCAAACUGCGAGGCCGCCGUGGUUCUCGAAGGCAACUCCUUACUAAGCAGGACAGCUUGGACAUCUACAACGAAAGAGAUCUCUUUAAGACUGAGGAACCAGCCACAGAGGAGGAAGAGGAGUCUGCUGGCGAUGGAGAGCGUACCUUGGAUGGAGAGUUAGACUUGCUGGAGCAGGACCCUCUAGUACCACCUCCACCCUCACAAGCACCCCUCUCUGCUGAGCGGGUGGCCUUUCCCAAGGGCUUACCGUGGACCCCAAAGGUCAGACAGAAGGACAUUGAACACUUCUUGGAGAUGAGCAGGAACAAGUUCAUCGGAUUCACUCUGGGGCAGGACACAGAUACCUUGGUUGGAUUACCCAGGCCCAUCCAUGAGAGUGUGAAGACCCUCAAGCAGGUGACCAGGGUGGGCUCUCAGUCUUCAGGGAUAGGGAGCCAUCAAGGCAUUUUGGCCAAAGAGCACAAGUACAUCUCCAUCGCAGAUGUUCAGAUCAAGAAUGAGGAGGAGCUAGAGAAGUGCCCCAUGUCUUUGGGGGAAGAGGUAGUACCAGAGACGCCGUGUGAAAUCCUCUACCAGGGCAUGCUGUAUAGCCUCCCCCAGUACAUGAUUGCUCUACUUAAGAUUCUACUGGCUGCAGCCCCUACCUCCAAGGCUAAGACAGAUUCUAUCAAUAUCCUGGCAGAUGUCCUGCCUGAGGAGAUGCCCGUCACUGUUCUCCAGAGCAUGAAGUUGGGCAUUGAUGUGAACAGGCACAAGGAGAUCAUUGUAAAGAGUAUCUCUGCCCUGCUCCUGCUACUCCUCAAACACUUCAAACUGAAUCAUAUCUACCAGUUUGAAUAUGUAUCACAACAUUUGGUAUUUGCCAACUGCAUUCCAUUGAUCCUCAAGUUCUUCAAUCAAAAUAUCUUGUCCUACAUCACUGCCAAAAACAGUAUCUCGGUCCUGGAUUACCCAUGCUGUACCAUCCAGGAUUUGCCAGAGCUUACUACGGAGAGUCUGGAAGCUGGAGACAACAACCAGUUCUGCUGGAGGAACCUCUUUUCCUGCAUCAACCUUCUGAGGCUGCUCAAUAAACUGACCAAAUGGAAGCAUUCCAGAACCAUGAUGCUGGUAGUGUUUAAAUCUGCUCCAAUCUUAAAGCGGGCCCUCAAGGUCAAACAGGCCAUGCUGCAACUUUAUGUGCUGAAGCUGCUAAAAAUACAGACCAAGUACCUGGGGCGCCAGUGGAGGAAAAGCAACAUGAAAACCAUGUCAGCCAUUUAUCAGAAAGUACGCCACCGCAUGAAUGAUGACUGGGCUUAUGGGAAUGACAUUGAUGCCAGGCCGUGGGACUUCCAAGCAGAAGAAUGCACCUUGAGGGCCAACAUUGAGGCUUUUAACAGCCGCCGGUAUGACAGACCCCAGGACUCUGAGUUUUCACCUGUGGAUAACUGUUUGCAGAGUGUGCUGGGGCAGAGGUUGGAUCUGCCUGAGGAUUUCCACUACUCAUAUGAGCUCUGGCUGGAGAGAGAGGUUUUUUCACAGCCCAUCUGUUGGGAGGAGCUGCUCCAGAAUCACUGACUGAGCUCUUGUCAACAAGCAUCUGAUAGAUGGGGGUUGGCUCCAAUAAAUGGUGCUCUGCCUACCCUGCCCACUCAGCCUUUGUUUCCAGCUCUAGGAGUGCUUGUCCAGGGCAGCGGUGACCCAGCCUUAGGACAUCCAGUGUAGCUCAGGACUGUUAUGGGGGCAGUUAGGCCUGGAGCUAAUACAAGGCUGGGAUCCUGAGUGAUAAAAAAAAUUGAUCUAAUUGGCCUGGGGUCAUUUGGGUGCCCAGUUGCCCUUGAAAUCUCCUGCUGGAUCAGUCCUGGACAGGCUCUUUUGUGGGACUGCUCCCUGCUUUAGUCUUGCCUAGAACCAGGCUAGCCUUUGCUGGCCCCAAAAGUGAGAAUAAGUUUACUAUGGCAUUUGACUCAUGGCAUUCAUCAUAGGUAAUGGGAAGUGCAGGUCAUAAAAUAGGGAGAACAUUUCCUUCUUGCUCACCCUGGAUUACCAGAGGUUUGGCAAACCCAACUUUGAAAUUAAGUCUAUAUUUUAAAUUUAAAAUUCUGACACUCACUUCUUUCUAAAAUCGUUAGCUCUGAGAUGAUUUUUAGAGCAACUGCAUCAUUUUUGUGAAGGAUGAUGAUUUACUAUUACCUAAAUACUGCAUGUUAUAGAAAGGUAUAUUGUGUAGUGUUUUUUCUUUAUUAAGAGAUCUAUGUUCAGUGUGAAAAGUAUUUCCUUGUGUACUCUGUAUAGGGCAUGGAGUACUCUGCCACAACCAGUACGAAACAGUCAGGCCUCCUCUAAGGAUGUUUCAUGUUUUUCUGAAACUAUUUCAGUCUUAAAAUGACUUGAGUACAUUGCAGAAAAUUAUUCUUUUCAUCUAAUUCAUUUUUAAAUGACAAGUUAUCUACAGGAGGUUUUAUUUAUUGAGAUGGCAUGUCCAUUUGUCCUCGUGAUCGAUUUAUUUUUUCAUUGAAUAGAACAGCGAGAGCAUCACAGGUUACCAUUUUUCUUUGUCUCCUAUGUUGAUUAAUGAUUUUUUUUUCCCUUUUUACGGCUAGCAGUUUCAAAGUGUCAUGUGGGUAUUUAGCAAUACUGUUUCUACCUAGAAGUAUUACACAUUUCUUUGAAAAUAUAAGGGUUGAUGUACCAACCUCUUUAAACUUCUCCCUUUUACAGCAGAAUCACAGUCUUCCCAACCGAAACAUGGUUUUUAGAAAAGUUUCUGAUUCAGUCAGGAUCAUCUUAUUUCUCUUCUGUCCUCAAAAUUAUGGUAUCUAUACUUUCAAGCUUUUUUACUUUAAAUGCCCCCACCCUGCAAAAUGGACACUACUGGAUCUUUUUUAUGAUAGCACCAGGCCACUUUAAUUGUGCCAGGAGGUCUAGUCAAAAUCAGUUUAUUUACUCCAUCCUUUGUCGACAACAGUCUCUUUUGAAGUCAUGAUAGAUUGCUAAUGAUUUCCAAAGUAACUAUACCAAAAUUCUGAUUAUAGCUUGAAUUUCACCUCUUUGUGCUUUACGGGUAGCAGGAUUUCUGUUUUUAUGGUGAGGUCAUGAAGAAUGUAAGUAUGUAAUGGAUGAAACUUAAAAUAGUCUGUAAAUUUUGUCUGAGUAGGACAGCAGUCCUACUCAGUCCAGCAAUUUACUGAGUAUAUCAUUAUUGAACCCUAUUGAACCCUAUUAACCUAUGAUUUUAAUGUGAUUUAAGUAAAAAGACAACUUUCAAGGAAAGAACAAUUAUCAGUCUAUUUAUUUUGAAUAAAUAGUAUAUAGUAUUUAAUCAAGAACACAUAAGUUAUCCUCUUAAAAGUAUGCACGUGAAUUCUUUCCAAGGCAUAGAUGUAUGCUAACCUUUAACAUUUCAUGUUUUUAAAUAAAUAUUCUCUAAGGGAAAAUUAAUUCUCAGUGCAGAUGGAAAAACUGAGGCACCAAGGAUAAAUGAUUAGUUUCAAAUUACAUCAUUUUUCUACUGACUUUCUGGGACUAGCAUUCAGGUACUGAUAGCCAGCCCCUUAUGUUACAGUAACUGAUUUGAAUCUCCCAAUUUGAGAGUACAUGUGUGUGGUUAGGAAUAAAUCAGAGUAACCAACCUCCAAUGGUGAUUACUGUUACAACACAGAAGAACAUUAUUUGAGUGAUUUAUAAAGUAGAAGAUUUUUAUUUGUGAAUAUUUCAGUAAAGUUUGUGUUGAUUGUUGAUAACACUGUUUCUCUACUAAAGCACUUUAAUAAAAAGAAUUGAACUGGAGUUAGAAA